AUGGCGUACCCGUCUCUUCCAACAAAUCUUCCUCCGGCGACGCCGCAGAAACCCCUUCCUGGGACGUACUUCCAGACUCCGGCGCCAGUGCCUCAGACCCUCCAGGCCAAAUCGCCGCAAACACAGACCCCUCAGACUCCCAUGCCGAAGCUCCCCCCGGCAGCGUCGCAGACCAAAAAUCAGACCUUGAGCACCGAGGAGCGCGGGGCGCGAACAAUUAAUAACAGCCUGCAAAGCGAGUCGCGCUACCCAGAUCUGGACAGCUAUCUAUCGCAGGGCUCUUCAUCCGAGUACAACAUUCCCGCUGCUUCAUCAUGGGCGCCGUUUCAAAAAGUCAAGAUGUACGACAUCCCCGAUCAGAUUUUCGACCAAUAUAACCGCGCACAAGUUUCGACCAGCAUGGGUUUGUUUGCCGAGUUAAAUCACGCGUGGGUGGCUAUUGACAACGCAUUGUACAUCUGGGAUUUCACACACCCAAACCCGACAUUGGUGGGAUUCGAAGACCAACCGAAUAGCAUCAAUGCUGUCAGACUGACCAAGCCGCGUCCGGGAGUUUUCCUGCCGGCAAUUACUCAUUUGCUUGUGGUCUCAACGACCGCGGAUGUAAUCUUGCUGGGUAUGGGCUACGAGACUACGCCGAGCGGCAGCAGAAGUGUCUCCCUGUUUCAAACUGGCAUGAGCGUCUCGGUCCGAGGUCUGGAUAUCAAUGUGUUCGCAGCUUCCGAAUCGAGGGGUCGUAUUUUCUUUGGAGGGUCAUCUGAUAAUGAUGUGCAUGAGGUCACCUAUCAGCAAGAGGAACGGUGGUUCCAGGGCCGCUGCAGCAGAGUCAACCACACAAGCUCACGUCUGUCAGCUUUCAGGCCAUCGAUGAGCAUCACGAACCUUGCGCAAGCCUCAUCCGAGUUUGUCACACAGAUGGUAGUUGACGACAGCCGAAGCCUUCUCUACACGCUUUCCUCCACGUCUACAAUUCGCGUCUUCUACAUGGGAUCUGAUGGCUCCUUGUCCCUUGCAAUCACCAAACGCACUCAGGAUAUUUACUCCAACAUUGGUCACAUCAUCACCUCCAACGAAACGCUCAAUCCCAAAGUCCGAAUUGUUUCGAUCAGCCCUGUGCCGGUGACGGAGGCAUCGCGGUAUCACCUGGUUGCAACAACCGCGACCGGCUACCGCAUCUAUCUCAGUGCAACUAACUCAUACAACUGGGGGCCUUCGCAGACCGGCCCUCCCACCAGCAUGCAGGCGCUACAUGUGAAGACCCCACCCUUUGAUAUUUCUCCAGAUUCGCCUUUCAAGGGUGCACCCUUCCCUGGUCCGAUCAACACUCUUUCUCCUACUCGCCUUGCCGAACGAUUCUCUCCCGGUUACUUCUUCUGUUUUACGACCAAGGAUUCAUUGCAAAAGAUUGAUAGCCUUUUCAUCUCGACUCCUGACGCUGGCCGAGUUGCUCGCUCCCAGGAAAAUGCGGGCAGUGGGAAAACCGCUGAAUCAGCUAUCAUGAUCGAUCUGGGAGGCAAAGCAGAGGACAUCGGACUUGUUUCGGCGCCUUCUUCUGUGGCCAAUGAGCUGGCCGUACAAUUCGACCACCCUGCUGCAGAGGUUGCGAUCUUGACCAACGGCGGAGUUCAUCUCAUUCGCCGGCGUCGUCUGGUAGAUAUCUUCGCGUCAUUGGUUCGUAGCGGCGGUAAUUCUGAUGAGGGCUUGACGGGCGAAAUCAAGAACUUCAUUCGAACAUACGGCCGGAGUGAGACGCUGGCGACAGCUCUGGCAGUGGCUUGUGGUCAAGGUGUGGAGAUUUCUCCCGACCAAAGACUCACCCGUAUCAACGACCCUGAUGUUCUGGAGUACGCCCGCAAGGUGUUCAUUGAAUAUGGUGGCCGUCCUACUGUGAACGAGAAUUCUGUGGCAGAUAGCUCGACAGCUGCCAUUGACGCUGUGCAGCCUUCUCCAAGACACACUGGCAUUGGAUUGUACAUUGCGCGUCUGUUACGAUCCAUCUGGAAGAAGGAAAUCGCCAAGGUGGGCAAGGGACCCAAUGGUGCACAGACUGUUUCAGCUGGUGUCAGCUCUGCCAAGUUGCAGACUAUCCAGCACGAUCUAUCCGCCCUCCAAGCAUUCUUCAAGGUCAACAAGACUUUCAUCGAGGGACUCAGCGGACCCGAGGCUCUUGCCCGAGUAUCCACCAAGCAAGAAGAGACCGCACUGCAGGCUGAGCACCGAGCUCUACAUUCACUUGUUCAGCUGGUCACCCACACAAUCGAGGGUAUCUCAUUCGUACUUGUGUUGUUCGAUGAGCGGGUCGAUGAAAUUGUGGCGACCCUACCCGUGGAGUCGAAAGAGAAGUUCCUUCAGCUCACCUUUGAAGAACUGUUCAGCUCCAGCAAGGGCCAUGAUAUUGCCAAGGAGUUGGUCAAGGCAAUUGUCAACCGCAACAUUGCCAAGGGCUCCAACGUUGAGACCGUGGCUGAUGCGCUCCGCCGACGAUGUGGCAGUUUCUGCAGUGCGGACGACGUUGUGAUCUUCAAGGCACAGGAAUUGCUCAAGCGUGCCCCCGAAGCUGGUGCCAACACCGAAUUGGGCCGCAACCUACUCAAUGACAGUCUUCAUCUCUUCCAGCAGGUGGCCGAGAACCUGCCCAUGGAUUAUCUAAUUUCAGCGGUGGACAACUUCAUUUCCAAUCAGUUCUUUGCAGGUGCCAUUCAACUCGCACUUAAUGUGGCUGGCCGCUCCGAUAAAUCCAACCUUGCCCUCUCCUGGAUCAUGGACCAGCGCCCCGAACAGGAUACCCGCAAAGAGUAUUUCUACUUCCGCAAGCAAUGCUACGACCUCGUGUUCAAAAUCGUGCUCGCAGUUGAUACCUUGGCUGCAUCUGAUCCCGGAUUUAUUGAUGGCCAGCUUACCACCGUUGCCAAACGCCAGAACGAAGCAUAUGACGUGAUUUCGGGUUCGACAGAUGAGGUCUUUUUGACGAGCUUGUACGACUGGUACCUCGAGCAGGGCUGGAGCGACCGAUUGCUGUCGACAAAGUCGCCAUUUGUGGUCACAUACCUGCAGCGCAAGUCGGCCGACGACCUCGACCAUGCUGAUCUUCUGUGGCGAUUCUACUCUCAGUCGCAGCGAUUCUUCGAGACCGCCCAAGUGCAGUUCGACUUGGCGAACAGCGCUUUCGCUUUACCAUUGAGCCGUCGUAUCGAGUAUCUCGGCCAAGCCCGCGCUAACGCUUCCAUUUUCACAGCCGAUGUCGGACGUCAGGCACGGCAGCGAUUGCUACAUGAGAUCUCCACCCUCAUUGAUGUGGCUAAUAUCCAAGAUGAUCUACUGCAACGAUUGAAGGAUGAUGAGAGAAUUAACCCGGAUCGCAAAGCCGACGUGCUGCGCGAGGUGGAUGGACCUGUGAUGGACAUUAGCACACUUUUCAAUGAAUUUGCCGACACCGCUGGCUACCACGACAUCUGUCUUCAGAUCUUCUACGUUGCCGACCACCGAAAUGCCGCCGACAUCAAGUCAACAUGGCAACACUUGAUUCAAACGGUGCAUGACGCAACCACCCGCAGCGGCUCACCGCAACCUUACGAAGCGGUGAUCGACAAAGUCCGCAGCCUUGGAAGUCGCUUACGCAUGUCCGAGACCGUGUUCCCAGUCCGCGACCUGGUCCCCAUGCUCGAGCGCUAUGCACUCGAAUUCCAACGGAACGUCGGCCCAGCCACCUGGGUCGUGGAUCUCUUCUUGGAUCUUGGCGUGGCGCACGAGUCCUUGUACGCCGUCCUGGAGACCAUGUACUACACCGACGAAGCCCCCUUCCACGGCACCAACCGGCGGUAUAUUGCCCGCGAUCUCUUGUACCUGCUGACUGUGUGGUUCCAGGAGACCGUGCGCCUGGGCGGUAUGGUGUUCGGGUCGGAUGUGGUUGCCGAGCGGAUUUCAGAGAUGUUGUUGAUCCUGCAACAGAGUAGCAAUGUCCUCAGCCAGGAUGAGUUGACUACGGCUAUUGAGUUGCGGUCGCGGAUUGAUGAUAUUCUGCGGUGA